AUGCUCAAAAAUAAAGAACUUGAUAUCGAUAAAUCAAUCCUAGAAAUUCUAGCAUAAGAAAAUCAGAAUUUAGAAUAACUUUAAUUUUAUUAUUCCUAAUAGUUGCAGAUCAAUUGUAUUUGUGAAAAUUUAAAUUUUACUCUACAAGUCGAUUAUAUAGACAAAAUAGCAGACUAUGAGAAUUAAUUUAAACCUAAAUUCAAAAAACCAUACAAAGAUCAUUUAAUCAAUAUUUUAUGCAAAAGUGGGCCUCAUAAAUUAGACACUAUGUGGUUUUAAACUGGAAUAUCUAAUAAUAGUUAAGUUUCUAUUUAGAUUUUAUUGCCUGUAAGUUUCACACUUAAACAUCUAAUAUUUAAAGAGUUUUUACCAUCUACUUGGAAGAUUCAUAAAUUAAUCGCUUAUAUAAGAGGCAAAAAAUAAAUUAAUAAUAUCAUCUAAUUAAAAUCCUUGAAUAAAACUAUUGAUCACGAUCUUGAAUUAUAUUAAUUAUAUCCUAAUAUCUAUGAUGUGUAAAUAGAAAUUGUAGAGGAACCAUAAUAUUUGAUUUAAUUGAGUGAUGGCAUCUAAAAGAAGAUUAAGAUUAAUUCAAAUUAAAAAGUAAGUACUUUAUGUGAUUUGAUCAAAAGAGAAUUUAAUAUUAUCGAUGAUUUGGUUCUUCAUUUAUAGUAUGGAAAAAUGACAUUAAAUCAUUAAGCUUUGAUUGUAGAUGAAAUGAUAUUAAAUAAUAGCACAAUUGUAAUAACAAAUUAAAAUCUAAAUUAUAAAACCCAUAUAUCUGAUAUUAUAAUCACACUUGUAAAUUAAAGAAACCCAUCUUAAAUAUACGUCAAGAAUUUCUCAUCCAUAUAAUCUAUUAAUGCUUUAGAUUAACUUAUACAUCUAUAAGAUAAUCUUUUUAUUUAAUAUUUUUAUAAAGGAUAAUAGGUUAAAGAAAAUACUACCAUUUAAGAUUUAGUUUAAGGUAAGGAAACUGAAAUCAAUCUAGAGUUUAUAGUAUCGAAAAAAAGGUAAAUAAUGAAAAAUAUUGUAACUUGUGAUGGGAACUAUCUGUUUCGAUUCAAAUACUUAAAUAAGGAGUAUUCUCAGAAUGUCUCAAUAACAAUUUCUUUAAAGCAAAUAGAAGAAAAUCUUAAAAAAAACCAUUAAAUACCUGAGGAUUAUUCCAUAUUUUUAAAUGAUUCUUUUAAUUAAUCUAAAUCAAUAAUGGAUCUUGAAUUGUAAUCUCUGAAUAUAUUUUUUGAGUUUAAAAACAUAAUUCCUUAUGAAAUAUUAAUUUCUCCAAUUUAAUAAACCCUAAAAAUGCAAGCCUCAACUGAAGAAACUGUAAUUUAAUUACGCGAGAAAAUAUAGAAAACAUUUUUAAAAGAAAAUAAUGAGGCAAGGAUAUAAAUUCAAUUAAAUAAAAAUAUUUUAACAGAUGAUUAAAAUCUUUAUAAAGAAUUAAAAGCUAGUAAAAUAAACUAAAUUGAAGUAUUCAUUCUAAACAAAUUUCAAAUUUAAUUUAAAGACGAAAACCAAAAAAUACUUUCAGAUGAUGUUUAUGAGGAUUAUUGUAUUUUUGAUUCUGUGAUAAGUUUAGGGCUGGUGGGGGGUAAUUUUUUUGUCAAAAACACAUAGAUUGAUAUCAAAAAAUCCUUCUAAUCUUAUAAUUUAAAUAGCGAAAAUUAAGUAAUCAAUUACAAAUUACUUUUAAGUGGAAUUUUCAAUUUAAAUAUAGUAGAAUCAGGUAUAAAUAAACCUUAUUAAUUUAAUGUUAAAAAAUCUUCACAUCGUUAAGAUCAAUCGAAAAAAUAGCUCGAUAAUGCUUUUUAUCAUUAUUAAAAAUUUCAUAAAUCUUUAUAUUUAUUAUACAAAAUCAAAUUAUAAAUUAUCUUAACAUAAUCUAAUAUGCUAUUGAGUAAUGAGCAGCAAUUUUCUUUUCAUUAAUUCGCAUAGCUUGAUAAAUAUAAACGAAUUAUUAUACAUUUAUAUUUUUUCUUAGCUUAUCCUGCCAAUAAGAGGCUUUACAACCCCAUAAUAAUUUCAACUGCGGACAAACAGAAUCAAAACUAUCGUGAAUUGUACAGCUUAAGAUUAAGCUACUUAAUCAGAAUCUCCAUAUAUAUAAGAUUAGGUUAGUUCUAUUUAACUAUAAUCAAUUAUUAAUAAUAUAGUUAUAAUGCCUCUAGUUAUUACACAGGUGAAAGUUAACAUCAUAAAAAUUGA